CUUUACUUCUUAAAGGGACCAGGUCAAAAAUAUCAAAGUUUUAUGUAUCAUUUUCCUUGAGGACAUAAAUCCGACUAAUGUUAAAACUGAGACUUAAAUAGGUGAUGAAGUUAUACAAACGUUAUUUCAAACUCCAAAUGGUUGUCUCAAUUUUCAUUAUAAUUUCUUAAAUUUUCUCCUGGCCCCUUAGUCAAGCGUCGUCACAUUACGAUAUCUUUGAAGACAAGCAAAUAUGGUCAAAGUCUAUCUACCUCACUCAUUCACACAUUACUCUUGACACACAACUGCGUUACAGAGACUGAACUUUCAGAUUACAGCUCAAGAUGUCCAACAAAAACUUUAAGCUGACAUAUUUCAAUGUGAGGGGUAGGGGCGAGCUAAUUCGUUUAUUGUUUGCUUAUGCUGAGAAACAAUAUGAGGAUAAUCGUGUAAAUUUCGAGAACUGGCCAGCAUUGAAACCAGAGACCCCUUACCUAUCCCUCCCUAUACUGGAACAUGGAGGUGUUACAAUAGGACAGAGUGUCAGCAUUGCCAGAUAUGUGGCCAAGGAACUAGGUCUUGCCGGUAGGACAACACUAGAACAAGCCCUCACAGAUGGUAUUAUUGAUUCUAUAACAGACAUAUUCAAUGAAUUGGUAAAACACGCCUUUGAGAAAGAGGAAACCAAAAAAGUUAGUGAUUUAUUCUAUGUGUAUUUAUAUAUGGGAUGCAUCAUAGUAUUUUUCAAAAUCCAAGAUGAUGUACACUAACAUUAAUUAAGAAACAAAAAUUUUUGAAAAGGCAUUAUCCAAUAAAAUAAGAAAGGGUUAAAAUCAGACUUUGAUUUCUAUGACCUCACCAAAUGGAAUCUUGCAAA